AUGGUGCGAAUUGCUUUAGCUGGAGGACAUGGCGGACUUGGGCGGGAAAUUUUGGACGUACUAGCUGCAAGUGGGCAACAUGAAAUUCUUAUCCUCUCUCGCCGGGACAAACCAGCCGAUGAAACGAGAGAGAUGGUGGGCUGGGCAAGGGUGGAUUACAACGACAAGGAACAGCUAGUGCAGGCGCUGCAAGACAUCCACACCGUUUUGUCCUUUAUUGUCGUUGCACAGGACAAGGGGAAUGUUUCACAGCGUAACCUGAUUGAUGCCUGUGUUAUAGCUGGGGUGAAACGAUUCGCCCCGAGUGAGUGGGCAGGUGCGAGCACCGACGGUCUUCCCUGGUACGCUGGAAAGACAGCAGUCCAUCAAUACUUGCAGGAAAUCAACCGAGAACAAAAGAAAACUACCAAGCACCUAGAGACCUGGGGAAUUCAUGUGGAUAUGCAGAACCGACGGGCCAUUCUCCUUGCCGACGGGAAGAAUCCAGGGUACCUAUCUCUCACGACUGUCGAAGAUGUUGCAAAUGUCGUGGCCAAAGCCGUCCUGUACGAGGGCCAAUGGCCAGAGGUUGGAGGUAUUCGUGGGGAUGAAUUGUCUAUGACUGACCUGGUGGCACUUGGGGAGAAGGUCCGAGUCAAGGCUCAGAUCACUAAUAAGGGUUUCGACAACUACAUAGGCGGCAGCUUCUCGGUGGAAAAAAUAAAAUCAGUACACGCGCGCAUGGGGCGGUUAACGGCCUCCUGGGCUCCCGAGAUGGGCCACACUGUUGUCUCUGAAGGGAUGCGAGAAGCAGCAGCCAAAAUCUUUACGGCAAAGACUAUUCUGUCCAUCUAUCAGGCCACCUGGAGGGUCUCGGAUGAAUGGAAUCAAUUACUUCCAGAUCAUAAGUUUACUUCCGUGGGGGCCUUUUUGCAGGAAUGGUGGUCUGAUAAAUAA